AAAAAAACCGCAGCGGUACACAAAUAUUACCAAAAAUCUAGUGUACAAUGGCAGCCUAUAUUAAAACAUCAUUAUUCUGUGCCUUAAUUGUAUGUGCAAGCGCAAGCUAUGAGAGUUAUGGUCAUUCCGGUGGAGAUGCCGGUGGUGGACACGGUUCUGAAGGUGUAAGUUAUGGUGGUGAUGGCGGUGGCUACGAAAGUGGUGGCUACGGGGGCGGCUAUGGCGGUGGUUCACAUCAAGUUAGUCAUACCGUUGAAAUACACAAACCAGUAGCCAUACCAAUUUACAAGCAAAUCGCUGUACCAUAUCCACAACCAGUUCCGGUUCCAGUUCCACAACCCGUUGCCGUUCCAUAUCACGUUCCACAUCCAGUUCAUAUUCAUGUACCACAACCCGUUGCCGUUCCAGUUAUUAAAACGAUUACAAUCCCAAUUGAAAAACCAGUACCUUAUCCAGUUGAAAAAGCUGUACCAUAUCCAGUUGAAAAACCUGUACCAGUUACCGUUGAAAAACAUAUUCCAGUUCCUUAUCCAAAACCAUAUCCAGUUAAAGUUCCCGUUUAUAAGACUGUUUAUCAUCAUAAAUCCAGUGGAUGGCAUUAAAUUUAA